AUGAUCACUUUCAUCACUUCACAUUUUCAUGCAAAAGAGGAAAUGAGAAAAUUAUUAUCAUCAAAAACUACCAUAUAUUUCUUCCUACUUAUUUCCAUUACCUUUGAACUUAUCAAAGGAAAUGAAAUUAACCAUCUUUUUUCAUUCAAAGCUUUACUAAAAGACCCAACUCAUUCCCUUUCAAAUUGGAAUCAUUCCCUUUCCAUUUGUAAUUGGAAUGGAAUUACUUGCUCACCCAAAAAACCCCAUGUCAUUAAAACAAACCUUUGUAGCAAAAACCUCUCUGGCCAGCUUUCUUAUUCGUUGUUUCUCCUUCCUUUUGUUGUGUUUAUUGAUCUUUCUAAAAAUCAACUUCAUGGGAAUAUACCACAAAAUCUAAGGUUGUUGAGUAAUUUAAGGCAUCUUGAUCUUGGUGGAAAUGGGUUUAGUGGGGUCAUUCCUGAGGAGUUAACGUUAUGCAAGAAGUUCGAAACCCUUGACCUUAGCCAUAAUCUACUUUCGGGCACUAUCCCUUCGAGUUUGGGACAGAUGCUGGCAUUUCUAGCCAACAAUUUGAGUGUCGUUGAAGGAAAUGCUCUGUGUAUUAGUGAUCACCUAUACCCUACAAGUGAGUUGCCACCAUGCCCAAGUGUUAAGGAGUUUACUACCCCUUGGUGGGGCCAAAUAGUAUCUCUAUUUGUUGUCAUAUUUGUUAUUUUGGUCAUUGUGGGUGUGCUCAUCAUCAUGGAAGGCCGAGGCAAAUAUGCUAAGGCAUACAAAGUGUACCCUCGUAAUUGUACUAGCUAA